AAGCAGGUUUAGUCAACGGUUCCAUGGGUAUCAUCCGAGAAAUAGUGUUUGAAGAAGAUCAUGGUUCUCCCUUCCUUCCCAAGGCGGUCCUAACAGAGUUCGAUUAUUAUACUGGCCCUGCUAUUGUAACUGAAGAAG